CAGAAAACGAACUCAUGACGCAACUGACCGUCACCAAUUCUAACCUCCCAACCAGCUCACAAGGGACUGCGCCCACUUUUCAAUACCAGCAGACUGCGCCUGUGAGCACCAAGCGCCAACAGGACUAUAUUCACGAGGAUAUCUUCCGAUUGCUGAAUCCAGACUGCAAUCGGGCAUUUUCAAGCUUCGAAGAUGCAGUCGACCGCCUGCUUCCGUUCCAUAUGCUUGGAGCAGAGGAAACAGAAAGAGCAGAUUUCGAGGAGGCUGAGACUUUGUCAACUGGGGGCCUGCUGCUAAGUAGACAUGAAGCAUGGCAGGAGCUGUGCCUUCAGAAAUCCAUGCAGUAUGCUGAUGAGCUCAAUAGCCUUGGAAAAAAGCUGCAAGAGAUUGUGGAGCAGCGCCGACUGCCGGGGCACCCUCGUCCGGAAGAGGAAAUAUACCUUAGCAAAUUGUCGGCGGAGGCAGACAAGGCUGUGUCUGACGGCAUCAGGGCAGAGGCUCAGCGGAAGGCAGCAGAGCAGCUGGAAGCCAUACGGCAGAGGAACUUGGAGGCGGAGCGAGUCCUGAAAGAGGCCAAUGAAAGGAUGAAGGCUGAGCAAGCGCAGGCGAGUGGCGUUGCCGGCCCCGUGCAGGAGCCCGGCGCUGAGCAGAGCCUUCCAGCACAGGCUUCAGGGCAGCAGCAGCCGCAGCCAGAAGCAGCAGGAGCAACAGGGUCAGCCGCGCCGGCAGCACCAGCACCUGAGCUUGGCACGGCAGCCGCGCCGGGGCUGGCACCAAUGCCACAGGUCAAGCAGGAACCUCCGAUGGCUCCGGAGCCCGAGCCAGAGCCAGGCGGUUGGAGUGGGUGGCAAUAGGCUGUUCUGGGGGGACUAGAGGUAAGGCAAGUUUGCGUGAUCUUGCCGAGCUUAGGGAAGACCAGCCUGUGAUGGGCUAUUACAUUGCCAACGCUGUAUCCCCUCGUUCAAUGCAAAAGGUGGCAUGCUCAGCUGUGUGCGCCCUAGCUAGCUGUAGCUGCAGAUGGUCUCUGGCAAAUUAGCGCGAGCAGAACAGCGUGUGAAAACCUCUUGGUGCUGGAAGAAACAUUGAAGCCUGAACUCUAUGGAAUGCAUGAACCUGGUGGCGGUGUUGAACCUGGACUGAGUUGCUGCUCAGGCGGACAAAUUCCUGCAAGUGACAUGUGCGUCUUCUUGACGGUGAAUGAAGCCGCAGCAUGUGAUGGAACUUUUCAAGUUGAGGCUGAAAUCGUGCUUUAUUACAAUCACACACUGUGUAUCUGAGUACGCAAGCUUUGCCAAAAUGUGUCCAUCCACCACUGGCAUAAGACACAGGCACAAUCGCUUGCAACUCUCUUUUUUCAAAUGGGCACGAUGUGUCAUAUUCUAACUGUAAGUGGCACGCACUGAUU